UCAGAUUACUCCGAAACUUCGGGACGAACAGGUGGUUUAUUUUUUAACACAGGUGUCACCGCGUGUGUAUAUAAUAUUGUGUGUUUUCCAUUCAUAAAAACAUUAUUAAAAAGUGUCUUUCAUAAACAAAAAAGUUAUAAAUUUCAUCUCCAAAAGGGUAUUCGUUCUUGAUCGCAUCAUUCAGGGGAAAAUCGAAAAGAAAGCGUUAUUUGUUUUGAUCUGAUUUCGCUGACGAUAAAAGAGCGCGCGAGUUCUCAAAAAUCGUCGAUCCGCGGAAAAAGAGAGGAAAGUUUCGGCGCGCUUCAGUGAAAAAAGAAAUUUUCUCCCACAACAUACAUAAUAAAAAGAGUCUUGCAUUCAUUUAUUUAUGAAAUGAGUAUUUUGUAUUAUAUCGCGGUGGUCCUCGUUUGAAAUUGAAUUGUGCUCUUUAAAUUCUAUAAUCGCAAGCCGCGGUGGGAUGCAUUCCUUUUUCCGGGGACUCUCUUGUAUGACGCGACUGUGGUUCAAUUCACGCGGUGUUGUCGUCGUCGUCGUUGUUCGGUAAUUUCAACGCGUGGCCGAGAAAUUCGACCAAUGACCUUGAUAUCGGGUACCUGGUACCAUCGAGCGUGUUUUAUAAAAAUUGUCCGUUUUAUACAGACUCAUUGUUGACAUAUUGUGUUUUUUAAAGGACGUGUAUUUUUUAUUCGUUUACUGUCAAGUGAAGAAGCUGUAAAUUGAUGGUCUAUAAAGCUCUAUGAGAAUAUAAAUUAAUAAUAUAUGAAAUAGAGUCGUGAGUCACGGAUUAGAGAAAUAGAGAAGCAAAGGUUUAUCUGAAAGAUAUUCAAGGUGUGUCUUACUGGGGAGCUUGCUAGAUGAACGGAUGUGUAACUGAGAUCCGUGGUCCAGUAUCGAUCUCGCUGCAUUCCAGGUGCUGAUCAUUAUACAAAAGGCGAGAGGAGAAAAAUUAUUAUUAUUACUACAAUUGGAAUAUCAUUUGAAGGAAAGUGAAGAGAGAAAUAAAUUCACAAUCUACCAAGAAGUUAAAAUAAUAAAAUAAUAUUUCACCAUGAUAAUUCGAGAAAAAGAGAGAAAUGAAAGAAAAUGAGAAGAUUAUUUUGGAAAUUCAUUGAAAAUGAGUCGAUAAUGGCUAACAAUUAAAUUGAAUUGAAUAUUUUCAAGUUUUUGAUUUUUGCGCUCUGAAAUCGAAAAAAAUUCAUUUUUCAAGGGAAGAGAGGAAAAUAAGAAAAAAAGGAGAAAAUAAAUACCGUUAGAAGCAAUGUAUCGGCCAAAUUUUUAUGAAAGCACGUGCCUCAGGUGCCAGCAGACUGUCUAUCAGGUUGAUAGGGUGGGACCAUUAAAGGAUUUUACUUUCUUUCAUGCUGGCUGCUUUAAAUGUUCACGAUGCGGCACUAAAUUGACAUUAAAGACGUAUUAUAACAAUCAACAUAAAAUUAAUGACAAGGAAGUCUAUUGCAGUAGUCAUGUACCAAAACCGGGACCAGGAACACUCGAUGGUUCAAGCGUGGGAAUAAGAAGCGCACUCAACGUACCUAGAAGUGGAUAUGUUAAUGAACAAAUAAGAGCCGGCGGCUCGCCACGAACAAUUUAUCCGUCUAGUUACGAUAACGCUGAUUCCCCAGUGCACAGUAAACAUUUAAAUGGUCAUGGCUCACCUCCAGGAAAUCGUGAUUCUCACGGUAAUUACGGCGGUAAUUCGUCUCCCUACAACAAUUUUUCGGGAGAUGGAUGUUAUCAGUAUGGAAGAUUUGAUGCGAGUGCACUUCACAUCGCUCACGCAUUAAAGCAAACGGAACUCCAAAAGGGUUACAGCAAGGCACGAGAAAAGCCAAUCGACUUUUAUUUGGAUCGAGAUGAGCAAACUCGAUUGGAAAUGAAGCAUCGAAAGGAGGAGGAUGAUUUGUACCGGAAAUUUGCGCAUCAUCGAGAGGAGGAAGAUCGAAGAAUUCGAGAAGAAUUCCGAGACGAAUGGGAGAAGGAAUUGGAGCAACUUUCAGAAAGAUGGGAACGUGAAAGAGGUUUGAAACGUAGUCAUCAAUUUCAACAAGAAAAAGAUGAUCUUGAGAAAAAUAUGACACUUCGUAGGGAUAAAAAGAAGGAGAGUUUGACAAGAAAAAUGCUCGAGCAUGAAAGGGCGGCGACCGCUGCUUUAGUUGAAAAACAAAGUUCGGAAAUGUUAGAAUUAAUAAACGGUGCGAGAAGUGAAUAUAUGCGUCAGGAGAGUUUGUAUCUUGAUGAAGGAAUAGAAUACGCUCAGGAAUUACCACCGCAGCCUUAUCCAUCACAAGCGCCUCCACCUCAUCCGCCAGCACUUGCCAAAUAUCAUCUCUAUAAUGAUCCCAUCGAAUUUGCCGACAUCGAUCAAAUUGCAAUUUCGGUGGCACAAGAAGAUCAAAAGACCUUCACUGAUCUUGUUCGUCAAUUAGUCACAAAAUGCGGAUCAGACAUUGAAAAAGCGAGAACAAUAUUCAGAUGGAUUACGGUAAAGAAUUUGAACACAAUGCAAUUUGAUGAUAAUUUGCGGGGAGACACGCCUAUGGGACUUUUGAGAGGAAUUAAACACGGAACAGAAAGUUACCACGUUCUAUUUAAACGAUUGUGCAGUUACGCGGGACUUCAUUGCGUGGUAAUUAAGGGGUACAGUAAAUCAGCGGGUUAUCAGCCUGGCGUUUGUUUUGAAGAUAAUAGAUUCAGAAAUAGUUGGAAUGCCGUGUACGUCGCUGGUUCCUGGCGAUUUGUUCAGUGUAAUUGGGGAGCUCGUCAUCUUGUUAAUGCUAAAGAGGUCCCAAAUCCCGGCCAACCGAAGGAAAAAAGUGACAGUUUACGAUACGAAUACGACGAUCAUUAUUUCCUCACUGAUCCUCGAGAAUUCAUUUACGAAUUCUUCCCCCUUCAGGAGGAAUGGCAACUUUUGAAGCAACCAAUUUCAUUGAAAGAUUUCGAGGAGUUGCCCUUCGUUCGGUCCUUGUUCUUCAGGUACGGUCUUUAUUUUCCUGACACGAAUACAAACGCUGUAAUGUAUACGGAUUCGACAGGUGCUGCGACUGUCAGAAUAGCAAUGCCAGCUCACAUGCAAUCUUCUCUGAUCUUUCACUACAAUUUGAAAUUUUAUGACAGCGACGGUGAUAAUUACGAUGGAGUGUCACUCAAAAGAUUUGUCAUGCAGUCGGUCGUUGGGAAUUUAGUUGCAUUUCGUGUGCACGCUCCAUGUUCAGGUGCUUUUCUCUUAGAUGUAUUUGCAAAUGCAGUUACGCCUAAGGAAUAUUUAACAGGGGAGCCGAUGAAAUUUAAGAGUGUCUGUAAAUUCAAGAUCGCUUGCGAGGAACUUCAAACGGUAAUGGUUCCACUUCCGGAUUGUGCGAGCGGUGAAUGGGGUCCCACUAAAGCCACAAGACUCUUUGGCCUCGUGCCAAUCACGCAUCAGGAAGCAUUGGUGUUUGCGGGACGAGAAUUGGAAAUUCAAUUUCGGAUGUCGCGGCCUUUGACAGACUUUAUGGCGACGCUGCACAAGAAUGGAAUUGAGGAGAAACGUCUGUCCAAGUAUGUCACGCAUUCUGUGACAGACGAUGAUGUAGUGACUUUCUCCAUUAGCUUCCCGGAGGAAGGUCAAUAUGGGCUUGAUAUUUACACUAGGGAAUCGGCCAGUCCAUCACAUCAAGAUGUGUCUGGCGAAAAGCAUUUACUCACUCAUUGCUGCAAGUACCUCAUUAAUUCAAGCAAACGAAAUUAGAAUUUAUUCUUUUUUUUUUAAUUCUUAAAUUAACUAUUUAUAUUUUUUUUAACACUUAUGUUUAAAAAAAAGUUCAGUUACCUUUGUCCCUCUUUUUUUUAGAAGUCACACGUGAAUAGUGAAAAAUUACCUUUAAGUAAUUACUAAAUUUUUUUAAAGUCUAUUCUAAAUUUUAUAUUUUUUAAAUUUUUUUACAUUUUUAUUUUUGAAUUUUAUU